UAUAUUAAAACUUUAAACCUAUCCGAAACGGUCAAACAACUCCAAGCAGCAACCAUAGAAAUUCCUAAUGACAAUUCUUAUACGAAAUACCUUUUUCUUCUUGGAUACUUUUACAUACAUGGGCUCGGCGUACAAAAAAAUAUCGAUUUCGCAUUUGAAUAUUUCAAAACUGCGGCAGAAAACGGCGAUGUUCUUGGUUCUCUAUGGCUAGGAAGUUGUUAUUUAGAAAAUAUAGGAACCCCGACGACCAACUAUGAAAACAACAAGAGAGAAGGGAUUCACUGGUAUGCAAAAUCGGCAAAAUCAGGAAACCAUGCAGCGCAAAGUUUCUUGGCGGAAUACUACACGCUGCAACCGAAUUAUGACCCCGUGAAAAGUUUCCGCUGGCGGAAUUUGGGAGCAGAAAAUGGAAAUCGAGCCGCACAACUAGUCACAGCGAGAUUGUAUAUUCAUG